UCUCGGCUGUGUUACAACAGGAAGUAGCAUGUAGCAUAACGUUUGUUUUGUUUAGUCGCAGGUAGCAUAACAGUUGGUUUGUUUUGAGGCACGUUUUACUCACAUGUACGUAGCUUGACUGAUUUUGUGAUGCAUCCACCGGUCAUUGCAAGUCUCUCUGGCCUGUGUCGAGUCAGCGAGCAUCUUUAUGUGAGUAACGGCAAAGCGGCGAGUCGCGCUUGCCUGCUGAUUGCCCACAACAUCACAUGCGUCAUUAACGUGACGGAGAGCGGCCGCGGCCGCCCCGUUCUUCACGGUGUGGAGUACAUCCACAUUCCCCUGUCCGACUCACCGUCCACUCCCCUCGGCGACCACUUCGACGAGGUGGCUGAUCAAAUCCAGCACGUAGCGCGGCAUGGCGGCCGCACGUUGGUGCACUGCAACGCGGGCGUGAGCCGCUCAGCUGCGCUCUGCAUGGCUUUUCUAGUCAAGCACCACGGCGCCACCCUGGUGGAGGCCCACGCCAGGCUCAAAGCAUGUCGGCCCAUGGUGAGGCCCAAUAACGGCUUCUGGAAGCAACUUAUCCGCUACGAGGAGCAGCUUCGCGGCAGCACGACUGUCCGAAUGGUGUCGUCGUCCAUGGGCGAGAUACCUGAUAUGUAUGAAGAGGAGGCCAGAAAUAUGAUGCCACUGUGACAAGCUGCUGCUGCUGCUCCUGUGUGGGGAACUCUUCAGUGUCGGGACUGACGGUCAUCGUUUACUCCAGACUCAUUAGCGACACUUUCAAAAUAUAAGAACUGCAUUAAAAUGUGCUUUCAAAAAAAUAAAAAUAAAAAAAUG